AUGCCUACGUAAAACUCAAACCUAAGGAAUUUAAUAGAGUAUUAGAACUUUUCCGUUCAAUACUAAGUUCGGCUCUAAAAAGCAAUAUUUAUUUAGAAAAGGCUGUUUUAACCGGAAUUUUAAGAAUAGCCAAAGUUAGUUUAUUCUCCGGUUUAAACAACGUUGCCGAGUAUAGUUUGUUGGACGAAAGAUUUACUGAAUAUUACGGAUUUACUCAGGAAGAAGUUAAUGAAUUAUUAACUAAAUUACCAUUAAUUAUUGAUAAAAAUAAAGUUAAAGAGUGGUAUAAUGGUUACGAGUUUGGGGGACAAACAGUUUAUAACCCUUUGUCUGUUAUGCGUUGCUUAAACGAAAAAGGAAAAUUAGAUAACUAUUGGAUAGAUAGCGGUGACACAGAAUUGAUCGAGCAAACAUUGAUUUCUAACGAAAUUCAAGAAGGUUUACAAAAUCUUUUGGCUGGAAAAAAAAUAGAGAAAAAACUUCACAAACAAAUUUCCUUGAAACAAAUUAAAACCAAAAAAGAUAUAUUUUACAGUUUGCUAGUGUUUGCGGGUUACUUAAAUCCUAAUUUAACUGACCAACCCGUGGCUCAGAAACUAAAUAUUGAUGCUACUGAAUAUUACAUUCUAAUGAAACCUCUUCUGGAGAAAGAAUUUGAAAAAAUUAAAGAAUUUGAAAAAAGAUUGCGAGAAUUUUUGCUAAGGUCCGGUAGUUAUCAUGACCAAUCGGGAGAAGAAAAAUAUCAUAGUCUCAUGAACGGCCUUUUGAGUUAUUUGGGAUUAGAAUGUAUGGUCAUUUCCAAUUGUGAAUCGGGUGAUGGUCGUUAUGACCACGCUCUAAUUCCUCGGAUUGAAAAAUCUCGUGAUAUUGCUUUCAUUUUUGAAUAUAAAAAGGCAGCCAACAAAGAAGAUAAAGAACUAGAUUUAGCCGCCGAAAAAGGUCUAAAACAAAUAGAUGAAUUCAACUAUGACAUUAGAAUAAAAGAGCAUUCCCAAGUCAAACGAAUUAUUAAAAUUGGGUUAGCCUUUCGAGGAAAGAAACUAAAAGCCCGAUACAAAAUAGAGGAAAAAACAUCUGAUGAUUUUUGA